AUUCGCAGGAACACAGGGCGUGAGGACUGUGAGGUUAGGUUAUCUAUGCUGUAACGCUAACUGGUCAAAAUAGAAUAGUUUUUUAUUACAAAUCUCUUUCUGUCAGUGAAUUUUGUUUCUUCCUUUGUGAACUUUAACGAUUCAAUGAUUAAACUGAUUUUGAAGUGAGCUCCGCUUUCCCUGCAAUCCUUGUCAAAUCUUUAAAAUUAUAUGAUGGAAAAUUUUUACACACUGCUUCUGUAGCUGUCUAGCUCGUCGUCUGUAUUCAACAACUAUGUACCGACACGCAAUUGAUCUUUAAAAUUAUACGAUGGAAAAUUUUUACACACUGCUAGGAUGUCAAGAAAAUGCUUCGUAUGAUGAAAUUAAGAAGCAAUAUCAGGAUCUAAUACGUUUGUCCCACCCAGACAAAACUUCUGCUAGUAACAAAAAUAAUGAGUCCUUUAUUCAAAUAAAUGAAGCCUGGCAAACACUGAGAGAUCCAGUGAAGAGAAAGGCAUAUGAUGCCCAGCUUCUAGCAGAACAUUGUGCCAACGAAUUCGUGCUAUUUGCCACUUUAACAUUGAGUGAAAUGAAAGUGGACAGUGAAACAUAUUCGUAUCCGUGCCGUUGUGGAAGUUUAUAUUCUGUACCAAAGGAUGAAUGUGUUAAUUUGACUGUUGAUUUGUAUUACCAGUGUUCUGAGUGUUCACUAGCAAUUCUUAUUAAAGCUGUCUGAAUCGUAGCUUUCCAGAUAAUUUUAA